AUGCAGCUCACAAACAUCCUCCUCACCGCUCUCGCCGCGACCGCCUCAGCGCGCUCAACCCCCUCCGCCCGCCGCCAAGCCUCUUCCACCCCAGGCUGCCGCCUCGUCGCACCGACAGACCUAAACUUUGACGUAGCCGAUCUCCGCUCCGGCACCGUCGUCACCAAAGUCCUCACCUUCCCCGUCGGCCCCACCACCGCGGGGCCCUGCCAGCUCAUCGGGGCCUUUAGCCAGGGAUUCCCCGUCGACCAGGGCGGCGACGCCUUUGCGCGCUUGAACGUGCGCGCGCUGGACGGUCCUAGCGCGGGGAGCCUCGUCGGCAGCUUUGGGCCGCUCGAGGUCGAGAACGGUGUCGUUGUGAGGGAUACCGAGCAGGUCGUCAACAGUUUUCAGUGCCGUGAGAGCUUGGCGUUUGAGUUUUCUAUUGCCAACGACGCGGAUGUUGAUGUUGAUAUCAAUGUCACCUUUACGGCGUCUGAGCUUGGUGGGUUUUUUAUUCAGGUUGGGGACCAGUGUAACUAG